AUGUAUAACGUUGCUUCAUUGAUGUCAUCAUCACCUAUUCACACUGUUCCAACAAAUCGUCGUCAUAUAUCUUUAUGCUCCGUAUGUGGUGAUAAAGCAAGUGGAAAACAUUAUGGUGUUAUGAGUUGUGAUGGUUGUCGAGGAUUUUUUAAACGAAGUGUUCGACGUAAAAUAGAAUAUAAAUGUAAAGGUGAUUCAAUAUGUCAAGUUGAUGUCAAUCGACGAAAUCAAUGUCAAGCAUGUCGUUUUCAACGUUGUUUAGCUGUUAAAAUGAAACCUAAUGCUGUACAAAAUGAACGAAUACCACGUCAUGGAUCUAAACGAGUAAUAUCAACUUCUUCACUUCCUCGAGUACAAUGUUGGACACCACCAACUAUCGGUACAUCAUCACCAAUAUGGUCUACAUCUCAAAUGUUUCUACCACAACAAUCUUUUAAUAUAUCUAAAUGCAGUUCAUCAUCGGAUCCAAUUUCAUCUGAUUUUUCAAAUAGUGAUGAAACACAAAUAUCGCUUAAUGAUGAUAAUUCAUUCAGAGUUACAUGUGAAACAGCUUCAUUUGUUUUACUUGAAUCAAUACGUUGGCUUUAUUUAGUACCAUCAUUUAAAGAAUUAAAUGAAUAUACUCAAUUAAAAUUAAUUGAACAAUCGUGGUCUUUUUUAUUUAUUUUAACAUCAGCUGAAAUGAAAAAAUUUCUUGAUCAAAAUGAUAUAGAUUCAUAUGAUAAUGAUAAUCAAUAUCUAUUAUUUCAAUCAAUAGUUAAGGAAUUAAUGGUUUAUUCGAUUGAUCAAACAGAAUAUACACUUCUUAAAUUAAUAGUUAUUUUUAAUAAUCCGAAACGUCAUGAACUUCAUGAUCAUUUAAAAAUUGAUAAAUAUCAUAAAGAUGCUUUAUUUAUGUUAACUGAAUAUACAAAAAAUUCCAAAUAUCGUCGUUUAGCUGAACUUCUUAUGUUAUUAUCAAAUAUACAAGAAAAAAUAAUUCAAAUCAAUUUAGAUAAAAUCUUUUUUCAACAUUUAAUUAAUCGCAUAUCCAUGAAAAAUUUAUUACAUAGUAUUAUUCGUCAUCUUACAACAUUUAUGCAAUAG